AUGCGGGCUGUCAACUUCGAGCGACAUCUCCGACGGAUACAACGCCAGAUGCAAGAGACGCACUGCGACUCGUGCCUUCCUGAACCGGUCCCGGCUCACCGCUGCGAUCCCGAGCUCAAGUUUGCGGUCAAUCUUAACCUCGCAAACCGGCAUCAAGCUUGUGAGAAUUUCGAUCAAGCUCUGGCAGUCUACAGUUCUUUGAUUCGUCCGCACAAAAGCAUGGCCGAGACAAGCCCGUUUGUUCGUGUCAACAUCGGCAACCUGUACCUUGCCCAGGGCAAGCGUAGUUCGGCUCUGAAAAUGUACAAUAUAGCUUUGGAUUCCGUGCCGACGACCAGCAAACUGCUCCGCUGCAAAAUCCGCAAAAACAUCGGAGAUGCGUACUUCCUCUCCGGCGAGUUUGCGGAUGCGACAGCUACAUAUGAGCAGCUUCUGAAGGAACGAACGCAGCUCGGCUGGAGCGUAUCAUCGUUUCUGAGUCGCGGAUGCGGGCGAGCGGGUCGAUGCGUUUCCGUCGACGCAGAGAGCAUGAACCUGCUCCUGUGCUACUACGCAGCCGGGAACAAGUCCAAAAUUCAGCAGCACUUCUUGCAUAUGCUGGUCAUGCACGAUGAAGCGUCGUGCAGCGAGGCGCUCACGGAGGAUGAAGAUUACGACGACCCGCUUUCGCAUGCAAGCAUGUCGCCGUUCAGCGCGUCAGUCCACAGCCCCGCCUGCGACUACGCCGCCUCGCAAGUUGGCUCGGCUUGCCUUCCGGCAAACACGGGAUCUUGGUUUGCGAACCCAGAUGCCUCUGCAGUCGACGCGAGCGGGUCUGAGGAGCUCGUCGAGCCUGACGAGCUUGACUUGCUGCUUUGUCAGCAGCAAACGAGGAGCCGCCAGAGGCUCAUCUUGGCUGGCGCUCUCGUGGCGCAAGCGCUAACCGGCAAGGUGACCGCGGCGUCUGCGAAGACUCUCCAAAACGCAUUCGACUGGGUCAUCGAGGCGCUGCGGGUCCACGGGUACCGGGAUCUCGCAUGCGAGAUGGAGAUGCACAAGGCCGCGGCGCUUCUCAGAAUCAACUGCAAGGUCGACGAGGUGAUGAAAAUCUACAGAGGCUUCGAGCGCCUGGAGCUGCAGCAUGCAGUUCUGAUGCCGAGAGCAGCAACCAACCUCUCCUUCAUCUACCUGCUCGAGAACGAUCUUCUGCAAGCAACAAAAUACGCAGAUAUCGCUCUCGCUGGAGACCGGUACAGCGCACAGGCCCUAGUGAACAAAGGCUGCUGCUCCUUUUUGGAAAACAGGGGGGAAGAAGCCAAGAGUUUUUUUCUAGAGGCCCUCGGCCUUGAUUCUCAAUGCGUCGAGGCUCUCUACAACUUUGGCCUCGUCUUCAAAGCAGAGGAGCGGUUUGAGGAGGCCCUCGACGCGUUUUCACGCUUCAAUCAGAUUCUUCCGCGACAGCCAGAGGCGAUAUACCACCUGGGAGAUAUCAGUGAAGCUCUAGGUCGGCGCAGAAAAGCGAUGGAAUGGUUUUCUCUGCUCACCUCUCCGGCAAUUCGGCCGACUGACGCGGCGGUCUUCGCGCGCAUGGGAGCGGCAGCUGCCGCGCAAGAGGACGACGAUGAGAGUGCGCUGCACCACUUCCUUAGCUCAUACCGAUAUUACCACGGCUCGAUGGAAGUGAUCACGUGGCUCGGGGUGUACCACGUGAAGCAGCGCCUGUUCGACAGGGCCGCGGAGUUUUUCCGCCAUGCAGCAGCUCUGCAGCCCGCCGAGCCGAAGUGGCUCCUGAUGAUCGCUUCUUGCUACCGCCGAAGUGCGAAGCUCGAGAAAGCGCUCUCUCUCUACGAGCGAGUCCACGUAGCGUUCCCCGAGGACCCUGAAUGCCUCAGAUGCCUCAUCACAGUCUGCAGGGAGAUGCGUCUCCCCGCUGACGGCUACGCGGCGCUUCUGCGAGAAGUCGAAAAGGCGUCUCAGGAGGGCGCUUCGUUCCAAGAAAACUCGGUGUCCAUUGCCUAUGCGGACAACCUGCUUCCGACGGCAUCCUGGAGCGAGGUGCGCGCCUCACGCGCUCUCGCGGCGAAUCCGCAGACCCUAGCGCUCACAGAGGGACGGCACAGUAGCGAAGCACCUGAAGAUGCGGGCGCAGCCGGAGAGUCUUUAGAAAAGUCUGCACUAAAAGCCUUAAAAAACUGGCCACACGACACUGAGGCACACACAUGCGUCGCACGAGAGCGGGUCAGACGGAGCUCGCAUUUCUCAGGGGAAGAAACGCUCACUGGGAACGUGAGAGAGCUUCCCGAAAAACCUCUCAACUCCCGCGCCCGACGCGCACGGCCUUCACUAGACGACGAACUCCUCCCAGUCUGA